GUGAGUAUUGAGUACUAAGUAGUGACUGUAGGUUCAUUGUGAACAUUUGACAAUUGAAGUUCCAUAUUGAGUAUUGAUGUUGACGUUUUCGUAGAAAAUGGAGAUUCACAAGUGUUGACGACUGUGUAGUUAAUUUUGUUUAAUUAUUAAAUAAAUACAUUGUUUCACGAAAAUCAACUUUAAAAUGUCGUUAUUACUUUCCAGUAACAAACCACAGGAAAUUUUAAAUCCAGGUCUAAUUGAAGUGGAUAUUAUUAGACAAGAUAAUUUGGCUUAUGAAUACCUAUGUCAUUUAGAAGAAACAAAAGUAUGGCUAGAAUCAUGUUUAAAAACCACUUUGCCACAUGUUAUGGAACUUGAAGAUCGUCUACGAAACGGUGUUUUAUUAGCAAAACUAGGAAAUUUCAUUGCUCCUUCAACUGUACCUAUAUCUUGUAUUUAUGACCGUGAUGAAAGGCGUUAUAAGACAGCAGGUCUUCAGUAUCGUCAUACAGAUAACAUAAAUUAUUGGUUAAAAUCUUUAAAUGUUGUGAAUCUACCAAAGAUAUUCCAUCCAGAGACCACUGAUGUUUAUGAUAAGAAAAAUAUGCCAAAAGUUAUUUAUUGUCUUCAUGCUCUAAGUACCCAUUUAUUCAAACGAGGUCAAGCGCCAUUAAUUCAAGAUUUAUAUGGAAAAGUUGAUUUUUCAGCUGAAACAAUAACUGCUACAAGAAAAGAAUUGGCAGAAAAUGGUAUAGAACUUCCCAAGUUUCAAAAAAUUGCAGGACUUUUAUCAGAAGAUAUAAAGGGAGACACAUUAACAUUACAAGAAGCAAUCAUGGAAAUAAAUAAUGCUAUUUUAUCCAAGGAUAUGAAUUAUUUCACAAAAAGUUUAUGUAACAAAGCAGCAAAAUUACAUUUUAUUAAUUUGGAUUAUAUAGAUAAAUAUUUAGCUAUAUUGCGUGAUGUUAAACGUUCAAAAGAAGAUUCUGCUUUAAAUAAGUCAUUGAGUGAAAGUUUUGAACCAGAUACAUAUGAUGACAUUUUAACUCAGAAUGAAAUACAGGGAUAUAUAUCAUCCGUAAAUAUUGACCAAAAGUGGAAUGAAAUGUGUAGAGCAAAUUGUGAAGAUGAAGUUAUCAAUAUAUUAAAGUCAAAAUACUUACCUUUAAUAGAUGUACAAAAGCAAAAUGGUAAAUAUUAUAAAUCAGAAUUUCAUAAUCUAUCAAAAACUGUUAAUUAUACAACUUUAAAUACAAUUGAUAAGAAAUGUUUUCUUCAACAAGUUGUUAAUACGGGAAAUCAAUUGGCAUACAAUUAUAACAAACAGGAAACUGCUAUAAACAAAUUAAAUGACACAUUAAUUAUUGAUGAUAUGGAUGGUUUUACACGUGUUCUUAAAGACCCUAUAUUAAACUUAAAUCAUCUAAUUAAUGAAUUUGCUAUUCCUUUGUAUUUUGAAGAACUGAAGAUUGAUAGAUGUGAUAUAGAUCAAAACUUAAGUUAUAAUGACAUUGUACAGAGUUUGCAAGUAUUAAAUCUUAUAGCUGAUGUAACAAAGGCUGUUCUUUCCGAAAAUAUUGAUUUAACAUGGGAUCGACUUGCAAAAUUAAAGAAAUUUUUUCCAGAUCAAGAACUCGAUGCAGGAUUAAAAUUACAGUACUGGAGUGCCUUUGAUGCAUGUAGACGAUUUAAAAUUAUUAAUAAAGGAUGCUUCGGAAUAUUAUCAUUUAUGAAUAUUAAAGAUUGUAUAAAUAUUGUCCAUAAUCAACUAGAACAAAACAAAGAAGUUAUUAAUGUUCUACAACAACUUAACAAUGCAUUGAAAUGGAAAGACUUCAACACAGUGAAGCAAUGUAUCACAAAUCCAGUAUUGCAAUUAGAAUACCCAAUUAAACCUAAAGACAUGCAUUAUGCAUAUGAAUUGUUACUGAAUCGGCGAAAUGAUUCUGAGGAUGAAGUUGAAAUAUGGAAAGAUGAUGUUGAAGAUGUCUUAAAAAGAGUGUGUGAUGAAGUUGAAAGUAUCCAUAGAAGUGCUGAAUGGCUUUUAUCUGUGAAUUUAUCAUUAGUUAAGAAUGAAAAAAACAAAUUAGCUCAAGAGUUUCUUAAACUUGUUCCAAUAAUCGAAAUCGAACAACAAGAAAUUUGUGUAUCAUUAUUACAUUUACUUGAAUCAAAGGCAAAAUACAGAGGUCCUUGGGUCACACAUCAAACAGCAUAUGGUCGAUAUGUUUAUUUAAACCUUGAAACUUUAGAUUACACAUGGGAAAAACCAACUUUUUUUCCUACACCAAAGUAUUUAAAUAUGGAAGAAAUACAAACUACAAUAAUGAAUAUGAAAAAAAGUUAUCAGCAUCAAAAAGAGUCUGAAGAAAUGAAUAAAAUGAUUAUUCAACUUCAAGCCAGUAUUCGUGGAUACCUAGUUAGACGAGAAAUAAAAAACAAGCUUAAGUUAUGUUCUAGACAAGAACUAUAUGCUAUUAAAAUUCAAAAAUGGUGGCGAUGUAUUUUAUUCCGAAGACAAUGGUACGCUUUGUUAAAAAAAGUUAGAAAGCAAUUGAAACCUUUCCAACGUGUUUACACCAAAAGUGAUGUAAAAUAUAUAAUAAAAUUACAAGCAAUUUGGAGAGGUAAAAUGGUUCGCAAUCAUUUUUAUCAUUUAUUUCAUACAGCAAAUCCUCCUUAUAAGAUUGUUAAGCAUUUUGCUCGUUUACUGAAUUUUAAUUUGGAAGAUUAUCAUCGGGAAUUAGAAUUACAAAAUCUCCGUGGACAAAUUACUCAGCUUAUACGUCAGAGCAACAAAAUGUCUCUUGAAGCUGAUGAGUUAGAUACAAAAAUUGGUUUACUUAUUCAAAAUCGAAUUUCAUUACAGGAUGUCAUUAAUCAUAAAUUAAAAACCAAUGAUGACAUUAAUAAAAUACAACAACCAAAUAAUAUGCAAAAUUCUAUUAAUUUAAUGUCUUUAAAUAAAAAUAGUAAACAUCUCUUGGAAUGUUAUCAACAUUUGUUUUAUAUGCUUCAAACAAAACCAUAUUAUUUAACUAAACUUAUAUUUUGUUUGCCAUAUUCAGUUCGUCAUAUUUCUAAAUUUUUAGAACAAAUUCUUAUGUCAGUUUUUAAUGCUGGAAGUAAUAGCCGUGAUGCUUAUUUUAUGUUAAAACUAUUAACAUUAGCUUUAAAAGAAGAAAUCAAAAUUAAUUGUACUAAAGCUGCAGAAAUUAAAACUUCAAAUUUAUAUAUAUUAAAAGCAAUUGUUGAUCAAGCAAGAUGUUUUGAUAAUCAAAAACGUUUAAAUACAAUCUUUAGAACUGUAGUUGAAAAGCUGAUACACCAUAGAAAUAAUCUAUUUAUUGAUACAAAUCCUGUUACAAUCUAUAGGACUUGGCGUAAUGAAAUAGAGACCAACACUGGAGAAAUAUCAGAUCUACCUAGCUCUGUAGAUCAACAUACUGCAUUAAAAUAUGAAGAAGUUCAAAAAAGAUUAAAGCAUAAUUUGGAACAGCUACAAAAUAUAACUGAAGAAUUUUUGAACAAAAUUCUCGAUUCCAAACCUUUAAUACCUUAUGCAAUAUUAUAUACAGCUCGAGUAUUAUGUGAAACCAUACAUGAAUUAUUUCCUGAUACUCGAGAAAAUGAAGUUUAUAAAAUAAUUGGCUACUUUGUCUAUAAUUUAUACAUGAACCCAGUUAUCAUAACACCUGAAAUAUAUGAUAUAUUUGAAACUAAAAUUGAAGAUGGAAUAAGUUAUCGCCAACGGCAUAAUUUAGCUAGUGUAGCAAAAAUUCUGCAAUAUGCAUCUAAUAAAAAAGGAUACAAAGAUGAAAUCCAUUUAAAAUGUAUGAAUCCAUUUAUACUUGACUGUUACACAAAAUUAAAACUAUUUUUCAACAAUUGUACUAAUGUUGAUGAUCCUGAAGUGUAUUAUAAUGUAAAUGAAUUUACAGACGUAACACUUCUUACUAAACCAACAAUAAACAUAACAUUACAGGAAAUACAAGAAACACAUUCUUUAUUGCUAGAUAAUAUUGAUCAAGUUGCGCCUGAUCCUUAUGAUCCAAUUCAUCAAUUGCUUGAUGAAUUGGGACCUUCUGCACCAACAAUUUCACAACUUUAUGGAUCUGACGAUGAUGAUGUUAUUGUUCAAAGGCGCAUUGCUACAGUUCAAGUUUGUCUAACAUUAUCUGAUAAAUUUGAACCUAACACAACAACAGCUUCUGUGACUAAAUUAUUCAUUAAGACAAAGGAGUUAUUGAUAAGAGUACUUCCAUAUCUAAGUGGACAUACAUUACCAGGGUCUCUAAGAAUUGAUUCAACUCUAGAUGAAGAAAGUCGUUUUGCUGACAGAGAAAACAAAAUAAGAGCUUCUGGGAAGAAUGCAGAUUUUGAAGAGGGAACAUUAAAAGAAAUUAAAGCAAAAUUAAGAAAACAUUUAAAAGUCUUAGAAGAAGAAGGCAUUGUAUCAAAAGAUGAUGGGUACCAAGGUAUAAUUACAUCUGUGGCUAAAGAUAUUUGUAAUCGUAAUAAGUAUCGUCAAAUACAAAUUAAGGAAUUGCAAAUGUUUAAAUCCACCAAACAAAGAUUAGAUGAAAAAAUAAAUUAUUUAGUUGAAAAAAUAAAGUCAUAUGAACAGUACAUACAAACUUGUUUGGAUAAACAUAACACUGGCCAAAAAAAACAAAAAAAAUCAUCUAAUAGAAGUAUACAGUUGAAGUCUAAAAAAAGCAUUCGGUAUACAGCAGCAAAAUUACGAGAAAAGGGAGUUCUAAUCGAAGUAGAAGGACUUCCAGAUGGACAGUUUAAAAAUGCUCAAUUUGAAAUUUGCCCAACUGAUGUGCACGGCGUGUUUUUAGUCAAAGGAAAAUUUAUGGGAGUAGAAAUGGAAACCAUUAAUAUAGAUAUACAGGAUUUGUUAAAACGUCAAUUUGAAGGAGCAACAAUAAUGGAUAUUUUUGGUACAGCCAAAGUCAACGUUAAUUUAUUAUUAUUUUUACUAAAUAAGAAAUUCUACUGUAAAAAUUAAAUUCUAUUAAUUAGUAUAAAUGUUUUUGAAAGUUAUGUUUAGCAUGUAAUAUUAACUAUACAAUAUCAUAUAGAAAAUUUAAUUUUUUACUUUCAUAAUUAUUGUAUAUUUUAUAAAUAAUUUUUUUUACUAUAAUUACUGAUCAGUGAUCAUACUCUGUAAUACCUCUAAAUAAUUGUUGACAUAUUAUAUCUACUAUUAAAAUUAAAUACUCUAUGU